GUUGACUCUCCAGUUGCUGCUUCUUCCCUAAGCUAGUAACUUCAUGGCUACAACAGGGAAACUUCAAAUCUCCGUGUCUCUGACCUGAACUUGUUCAAACGUUUUCGUUUAUUAAAAAAACAAAACAAAACAAAACCCCUUUAAUCCAGCCAUGCUGUCGGCACAGAGACUGUGUGGAUUUCUUUUACUGAACGCGUUUGUGACCGUCGGCUCUGCUCAAAAGGUGACGUCGGCCACCGUGUACUGGGACGCCGAGCAGAAGACGGUUGUGCUCAAAGAAGGAGUUCUGGAGAAGCAGGGAGACGCAUAUGGCUACCUGAAUAACAGCCUGUCCGCCACGGGCUGGAGUGUCCUGGAAAUCCGUGCCGGUUAUGGAAAAACCCCUGAGACCGAUGAGGUCACCUUCUUUCUGGCUGGCUACCUGGAAGGCUACCUCACUGCCCAGCAGAUGAUGGACCACUACACCAACAUGUACCCAGAGCUGAUCAGAGACCCCAAAGUCCUCGGCCCUGUUCAAGCUUUCAUGAAGGAUCAGGAUUCGUGGGUCAGGGAGCAGGUGAAGUUGAAGAAGAGUUCUGAUCCUCUGUGGAAACAUGUGGGCUUCAUUAUGGCCCAGAUGGACGGUCUACAAGCUGGAGUGCGGGACUGGGCCAAGAAGCAAGGAAAGAAGCCACUCUUAAUGUUUGCCAUCCAGUUUCUCAACGCAGUGGGAGAUCUACUGGAUCUGAUCCCAGCUCUGGUGCCCAAAUCCCACCCCCCACUUCGAGACUUUAAACUGCCAGGAAUGGGACACUGUUCCGCACUCAUCAAGAUGCUGCCUGGCUUUGAGAACCUCCUGUUCGCCCACUCCAGCUGGUACACCUUUGCUGCCACAAUGCGGAUCUACAAACACUGGGACUUCCAUGUGUCUGAGCCCAACACGGCUACUGGGAAACUGUCCUUCAGCAGCUACCCUGGUUUCCUGGUGUCUCUGGAUGACUUCUACCUCCUGGGCAGUGGUCUGAUGAUGACCCAGACAACCAACAAUGUCUUCAACUCCUCUCUUUUUAGCGCAAUCACCACAAAAAGUCUCCUGGCGUGGCAGAGAGUCCGACUGGCUCACAGUCUGGCGCACUCUGGAGAAGAAUGGGCGAAAAUCUUCGCCAUGUUCAACUCUGGGACCUACAACAACCAGUACAUGAUUUUGGACAGAAGUAAAGUGCAGCUGGGUCACAGUGUUGAAGACGGUGCUCUGACUGUGGUGGAGCAGAUCCCAGGCCUGGUGGAACACUCUGACCAAACACAGGCUCUGCGCAGAGGUUACUGGCCCUCCUACAACGUGCCUUUCCACCAGAAUAUCUACACUCUGAGUGGCUAUGGACAAAUGUGGAAGGCCUAUGGAGACGACUUCUCCUACGACCUAUGUCCCAGAGCCAAGAUCUUCCGGCGUGACCAGGCCAACGUCAGGGAUCUGGACUCUCUGAAGUACAUCAUGAGGUUUAACGACUUCAAAAAGGAUCCGUACUCUAAAGGUGACCCCUGUAAAUCCAUCUGCUGCCGUAUGGACCUGAGGUCGGAGGGACCUUCACCAGACGGGUGCUAUGAUACUAAGGUGACUGAUUUCCAAAUGGCUGGAGAAUUCCGAGCAGAAGCAGUGAACGGUCCGACCACACAGGGCGGACUCCCAGUGUUCUUCUGGGAUAAAUUCACCAACAUCAGCCACCAGGGCCUGCCGCUGUUCUACAACUUCACCUUCAUCAAAAUGCAGCCCAUUCUUUUCCAGCCCUAAGAGGUGCGUGUGCGUGUGUGUGUGUGUAUUUGCGGUAAAGCACAGAAUUCCAUCUCAUACCUUUUGAAAAGCAAGUUAAAAGCUUGUUUUUUACACAUUUAAUGAAUUCGUUGCUGUUUGAGAUCAAACUUUCGUCCAACCAUAACAGGCUUCAAAAUUCAUUUGGUCGCCGACUUUCAUGCACUUUGUUUUUAUUUUUACCAGACUUUUUAAAAUCAUAGAUAAAUUGACAAUCAAGAAGUUGCAGUGGAAAGUAUAUUUGAAGACUUUUAUACAUCCUUUUCCAGGGUCUUAGUUUGGACCAAGUCCAUUUCUCAUACACGGUCUGUGGCUCAGAACGUGUUUGUAAUAAUUAUCCCAACAUGUGAUUCUCAGGGUUUUAAUAAAUGAUAUUAGUAUUAACCAUAGAGGAAAUCUGCCUUUCAAUUUUUGUCUUUUUUGUAAAUGCUUGAAUAGAAUACAUUAUAUUUUUGUAUGUUGCAAAGUUGUUUUUUUGUUAAAGUCUAUAUUUCUGCUGUGCGUUUCUUCAUGUUGGGACUGUUGUUUAUUAAAGUAAUUUUGUUGAGCAC